AUGAGUUCGUGCAGCAGCCGUGCGUUGACCAUCCUGUCCACAGUGUUCGGAGCCUGCGGGCUGCUGCUGGUGGGGGUGGCCGUGUCCACCGACUACUGGCUGAUCAUGGUGGAGGGCAUCAUCCUGCAGCAGAACCAGAGCAUGGAGGUGAAGAUGGCGCUGCACUCAGGCCUCUGGAGGGUUUGCUUCGUGGCCGGAGCAGAAAAUGGGAGAUGCGUAGCGUCAGAGUAUUUCACCGAACCCGAUAUAGAGAUAACCACUGAGAACACAGCGAACAUCCUCAAGAUGGUGCGUACGGCCACACCCUUUCCGAUGGUGUCGCUGCUCUUCGUCUUCACCGCCUUCGUCAUCAGCAACAUCGGACACAUCCGGCCUCAGCGCACCAUCCUGGCCUUUGUCUCCGGCAUCUUCUUCAUCCUCUCAGGCCUGAGUCUGGUGGUGGGCCUGGUGCUCUACAUCUCCAGCAUUAACGACGAGGUGAUGAACCGGCCCAGAGAGCCCGAGCAGUUCUUCAAUUACUACUACGGCUGGUCCUUCGCCUUCGCUGCCUCCUCCUUCCUGCUCAAAGAGGGGGCCGGGGUGCUGUCAGUCUACCUGUUUAUGAAGCGUUACGCCGAGGAGGAGAUGUACCGCCCCCACCCGGCGCUCUACCAUCCCCGCCUGUCCGACAGCAGUGACUACAGUGGCCAGUUCCUCCACCCAGAAUCCUCCUGGCCUCCCCCGAAGCGCGGACGCAGCACCUCCGAGGCCUCCAGUGACAUCUCCAUCCAGCUCAACCAGGCGCCACCGGUUCCGACCAAGAACAAACUUCAGCCAGGCGCCAUGGGAAGCCCCCCCUCCGGCUCCUCCUCUGCAGGGAGCUACCCUCAGUCUGCCGGUUACCCCUCCACACACACGCUGCCCAGGUCACACUCCUCACAUCCCCAGGGUCAGGGCCUUCCCAUGCCCCCAUCACCUGUGCCUCCUCCUCACUAUCACGCACACAUGCAGAUGAGUGCCUCCCCCUGUUAG